AAAAAAACCCAAAAUACCUCAAGUUAUGUCACUUUUAUUCCAACCUCGAAUUAACAUAUCUAAAGCCAGAUUCUUCCAAUCGUUGGUCGAGAAUCGUGAGCUGACCAUUAACAACACGCUCAACAAUUCUCAGUCCCAAUUAAGCUCAAAUAGAAGAAGCAAUUGUGUCAUUCAAUUUCGAGUGACACUAUGAAAUCCAAUUAGGCUAUUCGCACCUGGUUACACUGGCCAUGUAUUGUUGUUCCUAAACUUUUUGAUUGUAGGGAUGUUGGUGCAGGAAUCUAGGGUUUGGAAGGAGGAUUACCUCACCUCUCAAAUCAUUAGUUAUAUAAUUUACUUACUUAGAUUCUUAUUGGUAUGUGGUAUUGUUCCUUUUGCAAGUUCUUUUGGAUCAAUUCCCAUGAGUAUUUACUCACGGACAUUGUGGACAAGUGGGUUAUACACAAAGUGUUUGAGAAAUUGUCUCAACCAGUUUAUAUGUGAUUUGGGAAAACUAAGAUAUGGGUAUUGUAUGUCUGAGCUAGAUCUUGAACCACUUCAUGCGACAUUGAGCGGUUACGUGUUGCAUUGAGGGAGUCCUAACUCUAAAGAUGACUGCCACUAACACUUUCAAGUAAGCACUCUUGCCGGCUCGCUCGUUUUUCUCCACAACAGUUCGCUUAAUAUCUCUCUCUCUCUCUCUCAAUCUCUCUUCUGUCUGUUGAAGAAAUUCAAUAUUAGGACAUCAUAUUAAAGACAUUGAACAAAACCCAUGUGAUGAAAUUUGUUGAUUUCAACAACAGAUGAAAUAAAAACAUGUUUUGAUAGUAUCAAGUAGUGAUACCCAUUGAAGGAAUUGAACAGAGAUACAUCAACCAAGAAGAAAACCCAAGAAGAAGAAGAAGGAAAGAUUAUCUCUUGAUUGUUUACCAUAAGUUUCAUUAACACCCGCCUAUUCUCAACUCAUUCUACUUACAAAAUCAACAUUGGAUAGAGAUUCAAGAUUUUGAUCAAUCAAGAAGAAAACCCAAGAAGAAGAAGAAGGAAACUUAUCUCUUGAUUGUUUAUCAUAAGUUUCAUUAACACCCGCUCAUUCUCAGUUCAUUCUUCUUACAAAAUCAACAUCAUAUCAUAAGUUGUUAAUCCUAAUGGUGAACUCUAACGAUCAGGCUAGCCAAAAUAGCAAAGUCGAACAGCAACCCGAGUCCAUGAACAAAAUUAUCUUGGAAACGUUGAAUGCAUUGCAAGAUUCGAUUAAAUCUCAAGGGACUGGUAUUACUACAACAGUCAGAGCUGAAAUGGGACUUCAGAGGCAGCAAAUCAGGAUUCCCUCCUUGAAUCUAUACCAUUUGCGAAGGAUUUCAAGGACGCAGUUAAAAGUGAAUUAGAAACAGUACUCAAAUGUGAUAUGGAAAUUAGGCAGCAAAUAAAGGACUCAUUCGUUGAGUCUCUACCAGCUAUGGAGAAUUUCAAGGAGGUAGUUAAGAGUGCAGUGGAAACGAUACUCACACGUGAAAGGGAAGAGCAGAAAAAACAAAUAAAUGAAUCCCUCCUUGAAUCUCUACCAGCUACAGAGAAGUUCAAGGGGGUAGUUAAGAGUGAAGUGCAAACCGUAAUAACAGGUGAAAGGGAAGGGCUGAAACAAGAAAUACAGGACUCACUCCUAGCAUCUCUAUCAACUUUAGAGAUUUUCAAGGGGAUGGUUAAGGAUGAAGUACAAGCUGCACUAGCAAUAAUAAAUGCCAAUCAAGACCAUGAAGAAGCUGAAAUGUUCAGCAGAAAAUUAUCUGAGAAGUCAAAGGUUGAGAAGAGCGAGACGAAAUUACAGGAAAGGAUAACGGAAACCUUGAACGUUCCAACGUUUAUGUCCGUAUUAGUGGGUUUCCACACGAUUGUGUCUCAGCAGCCCUUGCGCACACAUAAGGAGCUUCAGCUUUUGAUUGCUCUCAUGGUAGUCAUUGUCUUAGGUACGCUGUUGUACCUUUACUCCGUUUGGUUGAAGUUAGCUUCCUUAAAGAGUAGGGUUACCUCUUUAGGAGCAAAGCGACGAGCUUUGAAUGGAGAAUCAGUAAGCCUUGUUAAUCAAAUUAUGGCUCCAGGAGGUUUGCAGAUUAGAACUGAGAGCCAUCAGUCCUUUAUCGAUGAAAUGGAGCGAGAUUCAACACUCAGAAAACUUGGGAGGAGUAUCGCUGGAUAGUGAUUGGAUUAGGUAUAUUCACAGUUUUAUUUUCAUGUUUGGUUGGUUACCUCUGUUACACCAACUGGGUGGACAUUAUCAAGGCUGUGGCAACACAUGAUCCUAACAUUCAACUGUUUGACUCCUGAAGAGCUCAAAACCAAUGAAGUCAGCUUUGUAUAAUCCACAAUUGGCUCUUGUAAAAAUUCAUUUCUGUCUAUCUGUUUUUUUUUUUUUUUUGAAGUUCCUGCCACUGGGCAUGUUUGUGAAUCUGCGAGACUGUUUAGUUUUGGAAGUUCCUGUAACUGAACAUAUUUGUUUAAUUCUCGCGACA